ACCAGUGGCAGUCGCGCGCCGGCCGCUGCCUCGAUAGGGUGUUUGUGUUUACGUCGUCGCGAUGAAAAUUCGACCGCCAUAGAGGUUAUGUUUACGCGUGCCGCGGGAACGAAACCGACCACGCAUGCCCUUCUGCGUCCACCUUUUCGAAAAUCCUCCACCGAUCGUCACGUGUCCAUCGAUAAAUCCAUCGAUUACCCACGACACCGCGUCCCUCGGCCUACGCAGCAGCUUUGCAACACUUGACACACGCAAUACAGCUUCGUAAAUGCACAGGAGCGUCGUGUGUGCCAGCUCUCGGACGUGAUUGGUGAGGUGGUGUGCGUGUAAAGGGCCAACAAGAGAGGCCGCAACGGUGAGCAUUCGAGAUGAGCUAUGAAUUUAGGCUGCCUGGUAGCCACCGUCUUCGUGCUUCAGCUGCUGUUCAACGUCACAGCGCUACCCUCAGUCGUCAAGAUUGGUGCUAUAUUCACUCAUGACCAAAAGGAUAGCAGUACAGAGUUGGCCUUCAAGUAUGCCGUGUACAAGAUCAACAAGGAAAGGCUUAUCCUGCCAAAGACGACGCUGGAGUACGAUAUACAAUACGUGCCAAAAGAUGACUCCUUCCACGCGUCGAAGAAGGCGUGUCAACAGGUCAAGUACGGGGUGCAGGCAGUAUUUGGCCCAUCGGAUCCCAUCCUGGGCCAACACAUCCAUAGCAUCUGCGACGCACUGGACAUUCCACAUCUGGAAGCCAGGCUGGACCUGGACACGGAGGCGAAAGAGUUCAGCAUCAACCUCUAUCCCGCACAAAGUUUGCUCAACGCCGCUUAUCAGGACAUCAUGGAGUUUCUCAACUGGACCAAGGUCGCCAUUAUCUACGAGGACGACUAUGGACUGGUGAAGCUACGAGAACUCGUCAGGUCGCCGAAGUCUCGAGAGAUCGAGGUUAACCUCAGGCAGGCCGACCCGGAUUCCUACAGGCAGGUUCUCUCCGAGAUGAAAAGCAAGGAAAUACGGAAUCUCAUCGUAGAUACCAGGCCGGAGCAUAUGCAUCAUUUUCUACGAAUGAUCUUGCAGCUGCAAAUGAACGACUACAAGUACCACUAUCUCUUCACAACUUUCGAUAUCGAGACCUUCGACCUCGAGGACUUCAAGUAUAAUUUCGUCAAUAUCACUGCCUUCCGUCUGGUCGACGCGGAGGAUGUCGGAGUGCGGGGCAUCUUGAGGGACAUGGAACGAUACCAACCGUCCGGGAAUACGAUUCUCAACAAAUCGAGAGUUAUACAGGCGGAGCCAGCGCUCAUGUACGAUAGCGUGCAGGUGUUCGCUGUAGGAUUAAGAACCCUGGAACAGUCGCACGCGCUCAGGCCCGCCAACAUCUCUUGCGAGAUGGAACACCCCUGGGACGGAGGGUUGUCCCUCAUCAACUACAUCAACUCGGUCGAGAUGAAGGGUAUUUCCGGUCCCAUCGAGUUCAAAGAAGGGCGCAGAAUUCAAUUCAAGCUGGACCUGCUGAAACUGAAGCAACAUUCGCUCGUCAAGGUCGGUGAAUGGCGUCCAGGCGCCGGCGUCAACGUGACGGACACCGCGGCAUUUUUCGAGCCAGGAUCAGCGAAUGUCACUCUGCUCGUCAUCACUAUAUUGGAAAUUCCGUACGUGAUGAUGCACUACGAAAAAAACUACACGGGGAACGCGCGGUUUUACGGUUUUUGCGUGGACCUACUGGAGGCGGUGGCAAGGGAGGUCGGCUUCUCAUACAGAUUGGAGCUGGUACCGGACAGGAAGUACGGCGCGAAAGACCCGGAAACCGGGGAGUGGAACGGCAUCGUCAGAGAACUCAUGCGACAUGAGCAGCCGUACGUAAUGCUGAAGAGCAGAGGGAAUUUCAGCGGGAACGCACGUUACGAGGGCUUCUGCAUCGACCUACUCAAGGAGAUAGCUCACAUGGUGGGCUUCGCCUACAGGAUCGAGCUCGUGCCGGAUGGCAAGUACGGCGUUUACGAUUACGAGACUGGCGAGUGGAACGGAAUAGUCCGCCAGCUGAUAGACAAGAAAGCAGACUUGGCAGUCGGCUCGAUGACCAUCAAUUACGCCCGCGAAAGCGUGAUCGAUUUUACGAAACCGUUCAUGAACCUUGGCAUCUCGAUUCUCUUCAAGGUACCGACCAGUCAUCCAGCUCGACUAUUCUCCUUUAUGAACCCGCUGGCUAUUCAAAUCUGGCUGUAUGUGCUGGCUGCGUACGUCCUUGUCUCGGUGAUGAUGUUCGUGGUUGCCAGGAUCAGCCCGUACGAGUGGAACAACCCUCAUCCCUGUCAUACAGAGUCGGAACUCGUCGAGAAUCAAUUCUCGCUGGCCAAUAGUUUUUGGUUUACCAUUGGCACUCUGAUGCAGCAGGGUAGCGAUCUGAACCCGAAGGCAACGAGCACGCGGAUCGUGGGUGGCAUAUGGUGGUUCUUCACGCUGAUCAUCAUAUCAUCGUAUACUGCCAACCUGGCGGCGUUCCUUACGGUCGAGAGGAUGAUCACUCCUAUUGAAAAUGCGGAGGAUCUCGCUGGUCAGACGGACAUCGCUUAUGGUACCUUGGAUAGCGGAAGUACCAUGACUUUCUUCAGGGAUUCGAUGAUCGAGACGUACAAGAAGAUGUGGCGGUUCAUGGAGAACAAGAAACCAUCCGUGUUCGUGCCCACUUACGAAGAAGGGAUCCAGAGGGUUCUUCAAGGCGAUUACGCUUUCUUAAUGGAGUCUACCAUGUUGGAUUACAUCGUGCAAAGGGAUUGCAAUCUCACCCAAAUUGGCGGACUUCUGGAUAGCAAAGGAUACGGCAUCGCUACGCCAAUGGGCUCGCCAUGGCGAGAUAAGAUAUCUCUGGCAAUCCUCGAGCUUCAGGAAAAAGGAGAAAUCCAAAUGCUGUACGACAAAUGGUGGAAGAGUCCCGGUGAUACUUGUAUGAGGACUGAAAAGGGCAAGGAGAGCAAGGCGAAUUCCUUGGGAGUGGAUAAUAUAGGUGGAGUAUUCGUUGUACUGCUGUGCGGCCUGGCGUUCGCCGUGUUGAUCGCGAUUUUUGAGUUCUGCUACAGUACCAGGAGAAACAUGCCGGCGGAACGGAGGGCUCCGGUACCGACGCCGAUCUGCACGGAUUCUUUGCAAGGGAUCUCGCAAUCCGUGCAGCAACAGCAACAACAGCAGACGCAACAGCAGCAGCAACAGCAGCCGCAACAACAACCGAAUCAGCAUCAGGAAUCCCUGUGCUCGGAAAUGGCGCGGGAACUGUGCCGCGCGUUACGCUGCCACGCGUCCUCGCGACGGCGUCGCGCCUGCGAGAAAUGCUCAACGCACGUGCUCGGCUAUACACCGGACAACCCCACUGCCACCCCCUUGAAUGGGAUGAGAUCGCAGAGAAGCAGCCUGGGUGUUCCCACGGUGGAACUGCCGCCACAUGUCCACCUGCAUCAUCACGCACCACCGCCACACGACUAUGACGGAACUUAAACUCACGAAUCUUUUUACACCUUUUGCGGUCACUUCUUGGGGCCUAACGAACGAGAAGAACGUACUAACAGGGAAAAGAAGCGGUACGACUACGGACGAGGAAGCUUCGAAAAGAAAAGAGAGGGGACAAGAUCGAAAAGACCGAGAAGAAAGUACAAAAACGCAUCAAGUAGCACCGAACGGACAGAUCGAUCAGUUCGUUCCUUUCCUUUUUUCCUAGAGAACGAAGUAGAAUACCGCCGCGAGUAAUCACAUACGUCGAGAAUCACCGAGAACCAACGUUGCACAAUUUCUAUGAAGAGCGUGUGUUCGUCGUCGAACACGAACGAGAGAAGAGAAAAAAAGGCUCUUGUGUUCCCGCGAAUCUCCCCUUCCUUUUUUCACCAAGAACACGGUCUCGUUUCACUUUCUACCGUAGAAUCUGCACCAAGAGACGAUUGUUCGCGUACGUUGGCUAACGCGGAGCGGAGGGAUCGAUCGUGGAGGACUCGCAUGACCCGUGGCGAAAAUCCAACAAGACCUGCCAUUUCUCAAUUCUCGUCCCGCCACUAUUUCAUCCUCUCACUGUUUCUCACUUGCAUCGCGUAGAAAUAUCAUGGUAUUUGUCAUACGACCAACAAAAAACUCGAGGAACUUGCGUUUCGAUGACCCGCACGCAACAUUUCCCUCGAUUAAUCGAACAGAGAAGGAUACUUCGAAUCUCAUAGCGAUUUCUCUCGACGAAAAGAAAUCGUAGAGAUCUAAUAAAUCGAAAAAUUAGAUAUUAGAUAUUAUUGAAAUUAAUCGCAAGAUACAUUGACAAGAACUGUGUAUCUGGAAAUACGAUCCUCGAGUAUUAUUUAGCACGACUAGAUUUUGAUCCAUUUGGAGGAAUCGUCGAGCCGAAGUACAAAGAAGAAUGUCGAAUUUUCGUUUUACUUUGCGCCAACGAAAAGGAUCGAACAACCGAUUUCAGUCUCGGAACAUUUCCUGUACAUUCCACGUCGCGUCAGGAGAACAUUCGUGUUCGAAGAACGAUCGAGCCCGAGAUUAAACAGGAACGACACUUUCCACGCGAUUUUUCUUCCGUUUUCGGCAAGACGAGUUGUCGUUGCGACCGAUACCAGGCUCGAUUCGGCUCUUCCUGUAUUUUUCACGCGAGAAUACGACACGCGAUCGAUCGUAGAAAUCGGAACGGCCGAGUAUGGCGGUGAAACUAUCUGUCGAUCAGGCCGUUCCUUUUUUACCCUUUUGCGUCCACGUAAACGAACUGCACCGUAAACGAUUCUUGCAUACGUAAACGACCACCGGAGGCACAUUAACUCACAUAACACACUCACGCAGAUACAGAUUCGCGUAACUACCGCGGCGGCACGCGCGAAUGUAGACGAUACAAUUUGCAAGUAUUUUAAAGUAAAACACAGAAGGCAAGCGACUAACUGUCUAGAGUUAAAGAAAAAAAAAACGAGUACAACCAAGUAGACGUUUGAUGUCAUUUCACGUGUGUAUAUGCAGACGGCGAAUAAACGUAAGACAUGAUGAUGGA